AUGGCAACAUCCACAGCCUAUCCACGCAGUGGCUCUCCGUCACAACUCAAACGAACCAACACGAAUACAAGGACACAUCCUCCCGUGACCGUCUUAGCUGUAUACCCUCUCACCUUACUUCUCGGAUCGAUAUAUUCAGUCAUCUCCCCCACGGCGCGCUCGUCGCAAAACUUUGGGUCCGCCGCUCCCUUAACACCCACCAUAGCAACGGACAUCAACCUCCCAGCCGAACACCGUCCGAACCCUGUCAACUAUUUCGCACGCAAAAAUAAUAUAUUCAACCUGUAUUUUGUCAAGAUUGGAUGGGUGUGGAUUACACUCGCAUUCUUGGCCUUGCUCCUGACGCGACCGUACUACACCAAAGCGCCGGGAAACUUGCGCGGGAAAAGAUCGGUUCAGGGACUAUUUCGGUAUGCGAUUGCCACGUUUGCCUGGAUUCUGACGACACAGUGGUUUUUUGGUCCUGCGAUUAUCGAUCGCACGUUUGUGAUUACAGGCGGGAAAUGUGAGCGAUUACCAGCCGUGACGCCGGAUGAUACCUGGGAAGAGUUCAAGGUUGCUCUUACGGGGGCAGCUUGUAAAGCUUCCGGGGGGCUGUGGAGGGGCGGACAUGAUGUGAGCGGUCAUGUCUUUAUGCUGGUACUAGGAAGUGCAUUUUUGGCUUUGGAGGCGCUAGGGACGUCGCCAUCUCACACACCAGAGACUAGUCAAGUUCAUGAUAAAGAUGAUUUGGAUGGAGAACAUACAGCUGCAAGCGAUCCUGUUACGAAAUAUUCUACCAAGUUCGUCUGGAUUGUAAUUGGGUUGAGCUGGUGGAUGCUCUUCAUGACUGCGAUAUGGUUCCAUACAUGGUUGGAGAAGCUAUCCGGCCUACUGAUAUCCCUCUCCGUUGUGUACAUCACAUACUUUCUACCUCGAAGCCUCACCCAAUGGGCUGAUAUAAUCGGUAUCCCUGGCUAUGAGCCGGCCCACCGUCGAGCGGGACUUCAGAGACACUGGCCGUCAUCGCAUAGCAACUCUAGCAGUGUGCAAAGCCGUAUGGAUCGGCUGGAACAAUUGAUUGUGACGAUGAUGAGUGGGAAAGAAGCUUCAGCUGCAGAUGCAUCGAAUGAUAGGGUUGUUGCGUACCGAAAUGGUCAAGUUCCGCGACAUGAAGCUUCGAAAGAGGAGCUUUCGAGACCCAUUGACUUCGUGAAGAGUCGGAUGUUACGUAUUGACGCUGACUAUGGGAAUUCUUACACUGUUGGAGAGGCUCACUGGGCUGCUCUACUGAACGAGAUUCACGAGGUACGAUGUUACCUUCAAACACAACAGAAACAAUAUGAGGACCAGUCACAAAAGAUCUCUCGGCUGUUGAAGAAGGCACCGGACGAUCCAGGUCCGACUCUACUUUUUGGGACCUCACAGUUAUUGGGUCGUGGUGAAAUACUCGCACACAUUCCGUCCCGAUAUACAUGUGACAUGUUUGUGGAACGAUACUUUAAGACCUUGGAUCCUGCAAUUCAUAUCAUUCACCCGCCUACCUUUCAAAAACAGUAUGAGGAACACUGGGAAGACCCUGGUCGAACACCUCUUGUAUGGAUCGGCCUACUAUUCGCCAUGAUGCGCAUCGCCGCAAUCUCGUGGAAUCGUGAUGGCGAUGAACCAUUAGAGUUUCAAGGGAAGUCACAGGAUCUGAGUAGAUCCUACAGGACACGAGUAGCAGACUGCAUAUUACUUGCUGACUACACGAAGCCACACGAGUUUUUGAUUGAAACAUUGGUUCUUCACCUAUUCGGAGAAUAUUCAAGCGUUAAAGAUGCCAAUUCUAGUGCUUGGGUUCUCCUCGCUACCAUCAUCCGCCUGGCGAUGCGAAUGGGAUAUCAUCGGGAUCCGGAUCGCCUACCGUCUCUGAGUCCAUUUCAGGCAGAAAUGCGACGCCGCGUGUGGACAUUUAUCUGGCAGGCGGACAUCUUCUUUUCAUUUCAAAAUGGAUUUCCUUCCAUGGUCAGGAUCGAGCCCCCAGAAAAUAUUCUACCACGAAAUAUCUACGACGAAAGUUUUGGACCUCAUUGUGUCGAGUUACCUGCCUCAUUCCCACCUUCAGAACCAACUCAAAUCUCAUAUCUAAUUUGCAAAGCUCGGUUAGCUCUGGGUUUGGCUCGUGCUUUGAAAGAACUCAAUCGUGAAGAUACACCCCCUUCAUACGAAAAGGUAUUAGAGAUCGAUCGCAGCAUCCGAGAAACAUACGCUGCAGCACCCGAAUACUUCCAACUACGAUCUAUGGCCGAGCAGCAGCAUGAUCAAGUGUGCUUGAUUUACGCUCGAUUUGCGCUUGCAAGCAUACACCACAGGGCGAUAUGUGUGGUCCACAGUCGUUUCCUAGAGGCUGCUCGAAUGGAGCCCCUGUUCGUUAACUCACGGCGCACCUGUCUUGAAUCUGCCAUGGCAUUGCUGAGUCUGCAGGCAAUACAACAUCAAGAGGUCGGAGCUGACGGACAGACGAGAAAGUUAACAAAAUACGUAAAUUCUCUCGUUACUCACGACUUUCUACUCGCGGCCACAGUUCUUUGCACGGAGCUUUCUAUCGAUCACGGUAGGGAUCCGUUCCCCUUUCCCGUCACCGGUCCUACACGAGCCGAGAUGAUUGAGUCGUUGGACCGGAGUGCGGAUAUAUGGAGCCAGAUGCGUGACGAAAGUAUUGAAGCUUACAAAGCCAGUGAUGUGCUUGGUAUGCUACUGAAGAAAUUGCGACAUCCAAACGAGAACAUGCAGGACGCUCAGCCACGCAAUUACCCAGCACCUACUUCUAUGUCACUAGAGGCUGGGCCCGUGCCGAAUUCGACACAGAAGGAUCUAGGCGCUGCUGUAAAUACUGGUACGUUGGGACUUCCCUCACCUCAGCGAUAUGGGUCAAGGGAUAUAUUUCCCACCGGAUACGGGUAUACUGUGCCGAUGAAUGUUUCCAGCGCACGGCAUCCUAGUCACCAAGAUCCUGUAAGACUCCCCAGCUAUCUUUGCUAA